AGCUUGAUUUGAUAUUUCUCCCAUCAGUCCAUAACUCCAAACGUCUUUAUCACCCCACGUUCGGGUUUCUUCUGGUUCAUAUAAGUCAUAUGAAGAAGACCAAUUAACCAGGAAGCAAUACAUUGGUUGUCUUCUUCUCUCUGUUUCCUAAACACAACCAGUGUCCUCCUCUCCAUCUCCACACAAGAUUAAUUUCCUUUCAAUCUCCACAAAACCAGACAGACGAAGUAAGUAGAAGAGGAAGAAGCUUCCUUGAGUUUCAUUGUGUUAUCUUUUGCUCCGUGAAACACACCAAACAAACAAGAAAUGUUGCUGUCGUUACUACUCAUUUGGGUUCUCGGUGUCUCCUUCUUCUCGGUCGCUUCUCCCCAAGGAGAAAUCCCAAGUUCUCAGACUUCUUCGCCUCGAACGGGAGCUCAAUCCCCAGGGCCUCCGAUUGUUCAAGUGGUGCUUCGUGAGGAUUUGAACAAGAAGAUUCUUAUUGCUCUUAUUGUCUCAUCAACACUCCUCUGUGUCACUCUAGUAUUGCUUCUCUACCUCUUCCUAUGGAGGUACAGAUAUAUCAAGAACAGCUUCACCGGCAUCAACCCAAAUCAUCAUCCUGAUUCUGUGAAGAGUAGUGUGUCCACGAAACCGACUGAUUCUGUGACGAAAGGAACUAUCCCUGUCUUUGAAUAUCAACUCUUGGAAACUGCAACAAACAAGUUUAGCGAGAGUAAUGUGUUGAGCCGAGGUAGUCGUGGAUGCCUCUACAGAGCUUGUCUUGAUGAAAAGUCCUCUGUCACUGUGAAGAAACUUGAUGAUGGUGGUGGAGAUACAGACAUUGAAAAACAGUUUGAGAAUGAAGUAGAGUGGUUGUGUAAGAUCAAGCAUCAGAACAUAGUCUCCAUGUUGGGGUUUGGCGUCUAUCGCCAAACGAGAUGUAUUGUGUACGAGAUGAUGCAUAAUGGAUCUUUAGAGUGUCAGUUGCAUGGGCCUAGUCAAGGUUCAGGUUUAACUUGGCAGCUUAGGAUGAAAAUCGCUGUUGAUAUAGCACGAGGACUAGAGUAUCUACACGAGCAUUGCCAUCCUCCGGUAGUUCACAGAGAUUUGAAAUCGUCUAACAUCCUUCUAGACUCCCAUUUCAACGCAAAGAUAUCAGAUUUUGGGUAUGCGACUGUGUUGAUGACUGAGAGCAAGAAGUUGAAGCUUAAUGGAACUUUAGGAAACAGAGCUUCCGAGUGUCUUCUUCUUGAUGGGAAAGUAACAGACAAGAAUGAUGUAUACUCAUUUGGGGUGAUUCUGCUCGAACUUCUCUUAGGGAAGAGAGAAGUGGAGAAACCAUCAGCUGAAGCAGAAUCCAUUGUGAGUUGGGUACCAAAGCUGAGUGACAGAGCAAAUCUGCCAAACAUAUUGGAUCCGGCAAUAAAAGGAAGCAUGGAUCUGAAGCAUCUAUAUCAGGUAGCAGCGGUGGCAGUGUUGUGUGUGCAGGAAGAGCCAAGUUACAGACCACUUAUAACCGAUGUCUUGCACUCACUCAUCCCUCUUCUACCACUAGAACUCGGCGGAUCUUUGCGGAUUUUAUAAAAACAAAUUUUCAUUUCCUUAUUGUGUAAUUUUUACAUUUUGAAUGUUUGUUGCUUCUUUGCAAAGUUCCCACUUAUUGUUUUUGCCACGAGAAAUCUGAAUAAACUAGUAAGAGUACAUAAAUAAAUUAGCCUAUAGAAUAUAGAUCAUGAAUUCUACUA